AUGAGUAGCAUCCGAGAGCACCCGCGCCGCUCCAUGGACCAUGGCGCACAGCACACGCCUCCGCCUGCAACCACAGCAACACGCCGGAGAAAGACCGACCAGGGAGCUAUGAAUCCUAUCGAGGCAACAGUGACCAAGCUGCUGGUAGCGACAAAGCAGCUGCUUGAGGGCCUCACACUCUGGGCCAACCGCAGGAUGACGGAGGAGCAGGUCUCUGAUAUCUUUGUCCUGCUCGCCACCCAGUUCAACCUCGCCAGCCAGGCAUUCCACGAGGUCGGCAUUGAUACCAGUGAACUUGCGCACAUCCCAGACGACUUGCGAGGCUGUCUAGAGACGGCGCUGGGGGAGGACCCCUCGCCUACGUCUUUAGACCAGUACUUGCCGAGAAUUAAGGAAAUCAUCAUCAACCUGCUACAGGGUCUCCGUCUGAAGCAGAACCUCUACAGGGAGCGUUAUGAGGCAAAAGCCGCACGACCGCAGGCACCACCAUCGCCGCCCACAACAACAACGAACGUAUCAUCGUCUCCUCAGUCCUCCUCAGCUACACCAGCCGCUGUACGAAAGCAAACGGGCGUCAAACAAGCUGCGCCUUCAGGAAAGCGGGGGACAUCUUUGAGUGGAGCAUCAGCAGCCAGUCCUUCUAUGAGGACUCUGGCGGCCGCACCUGCGCCAUCUCCAACGCUCUCUGUCACCUCUCCGCGGGACGACCCGUCACACGCCGAUACACUUGCGUCGCUGCGCAAGACAGAUGCUAUCACAAGGCGCGCAUCCUCUCGACGGCAUUCGCAGCGAUUUUCGACUUUGCUUGAACAGAACACCCCAUGGACACCCAAACGACAACACCCAGCCUCUGAUUCGGGCCUGAUGGCGUCGUACCCUAUCUAUGCGAACUCACAGGGUACCGCGUCGUCCCUACCAGUGCCUCCGCAUUUUUCGGUACCAUUGAAUCAACUGCCACCGCUACCCACCCCGACAUACGAUCAAUUUCCUAGCGUGCCUGGGCAUCCAGUACCGGGAGCUAAGGGCAAUAUGAAUGCGAUGCCCAUGCCACCAACAAAUCCCAUACCUUCUUCUCCAAGCGAUGCUCAGCAAGCAUAUCCUACGCCGCCUGUACAGGCCACUGAUGAUGCACCCACACCACCACUAUCCGUUGCGGAUAGCGCGAAUGUCACGGAAGAUACUGCGGCAAAGGAUUCUGCAACCAUCUCGACGUCAUCAAAUGUAGAGACGACAAAGGCGCUGAGCGCCUCAGAGACACUGCAACCUUCAGUUCCUGCUACGGGAGAGCUCAUCGUCUUAGAACCAGUCGAGACCAGCCUGACAUUGUUCCUUCAAGUGGGCAAAAGUGUCAAGAAGACCAAAUUCGAGGGCGACUUGACGCUUUCAGGGCUGAGAAUGCUCUUUAUGGAAAAGUUUCAGUACAAUCCAGGACAGGAUGAUUUUCCGACGAUCUAUGUCAAGGAUCCAAACACUAAUAUUCAUUAUGAGCUCGAGUCACUGGCGGAUGUGAGGCAGAACGCUUUCUUGUCUCUUAACGUCGAUGAUUUGGAAAAUAUGCAGCGGAAAAUGGACCAAGGAUUUGCAACUCUCGCAAAAGAGCUCCACGAGAUCAGAAAGGCGCAUGAAAAUAUGGAACAGGCACGCCAAAAGGCUGCUACUGCAGCAGUAGCGGCGGCAGCAGCAGCGGCAGCAGCGGCAGUGAACAACCAGUCGGAUCGAGCUGCAACGUCGACAAAUCCUGAAAGCCCUCAGUUGCUCCGCUCUGUGGUUCAAAGAGCCAUCUCCAAGAACAAGAUCACCCCAUCCGCAUCUUCGUCCACAACCACUCAGAACAAGGUUUCCGCGGCCGAGUUGAGAUCUCAUUAUGAUGAAGUCCAAACGUUGCGUAGAGAUUUGGGCGUUGUCCGACAGCUAUACACGGACCUACAGAACGAGACCAAGUCAAUGCUCAGCAAUUUGGUAGGAUAUACCAGCCAAAUGCGAAAACAGGCACAGGAUGCACCAAUGUCGUCACGGUUGUUCAUAGAGUCGGGCAAGGUCAAGUUGGAUAAGAAAUCAGAGGACCUUACGAACAAGAUUGAGGAUCUUCAGGACGUGGUUGAGGACAUGAAGCUCAAUGUGACACAGCGGCGAGGAAGACCGAGUGAUAGUUCGAUGGCCUUUGUCGACAAGCAGUGUGAGGAUGUUGGUCGAGAGAUUGGAGAGCUUUCGGACUACAUUCAAACGUUGCGGCCAUCGUGGAAGAAGACAUGGGAGGUCGAGUUGCAGACGAUCGUCAAGGAGCAAAUGUUCUUGAAGGAGCAAGAGGCGCUUCUGGAGGAUUUGAAAGAGGACAGGAACUCGCUGCUUCAGACGCUUGUGAACCUGAAGAAGGUGAUGGAGCUGCAGGCGAAGAGCGGCACAUUGAAGACCAAAGAAUACUUUUUCCAACCGGUCGUGGACGAGAACUUUGAGGGUCUCAAGACGGUGCUGGAGGAAGUCAAGUUGAUCGCGCCGGACUCAGAUAAGCGAUUGAAGGCCAUGGCACAGAUGGAGAAGCUGCGACAUAUCGAGCUAUCGAAUCGGAUUGACGAGUUUGAGCAGGAACUGACAACGUUUGUGGGCGCCAGUAAGCUGAGGAAGACCGGUGGGGCUCUGGAGGUAGAGCGUCAGCGACAACAGAGAGACUCUGAGAACUUGAAGGCAAUGUUUGCAGUCAACAAAAAGACAGCGGAGAACAACACUGACGACAGCGGCAACGCUGUGGAGACAAUAGAAGAGGAGGUCAAAGAGGAACAGGCCGAGCAGGACGAUGCACUACUUGUAGAAGAGGCGACACCCGUUCCUCCUGAGGAUAUGGACCUGCUAUGA